AUGAUUACUCGCCCCGUGGCUGCGGCAUUGAGUUGCCGCCAAUGCCAAUCCGCUAUCCUCCGCGCCGUUGUCUCGAGGCCGACAGCCAGUUCUUUGCGCACUCUCCCACAGCGACAGGCACGACAGCUUCCGAUCUUGACGAAGAGAUUCUUUUCAGAGGAGAAAACGAUCGAUCCAAAGGCUGAAAGAGUCGCCGAAGUUUUGGCCACUCCCGAUAAUGCUCCCGAGACGAACGACACAGCCGAAUCCGACGAUGUGCCCUGGUUCCUCGAGGUUGAGCCGCCUCGACAUCCCGAGAGUCAACACAAGGUUGAGUUACCCAAGAUUCCCGACGAUGCGCCCGAAGUCAUCGGCCCCAUGAUAAAGUACAUCUUUGAGGACAUGGGCCUGGAUGAUAUUUCACUGUUGGAUUUACGAGAUCUCGAUCCACCUGCUGCUCUUGGUCCCAACUUGAUCAUGCUCUUCGGGACUGCCCGUAGUGAGCGACACCUUCACAUUUCCUCGGGGCGAUUUGUGCGAUGGCUACGAAAAAACCACGACAUUGCUGCAAGGGCGGAUGGCCUGAUUGGGCCUGGCGAGCUACGAACCAAGCUCCGUCGGCUUAGAAAGAAGGCCAAGUUGCUGGGAACCAACACUGCCAUCAUUCCUGGCGGAGACAACGGCAUUUCGACGGGCUGGGUUUGCGUGCACUUUUCUUCCAGCGGCGACAACAUCAACGAAGCGGCUAGUUUCGACGACAGCGGACGUUUCUCUGGUUUCGGUGCCCCUCAAACAGGGACCACAGUUGUGAUUCAGUGCAUGACCGAAGCUCGAAGGGGAGAGCUUGACCUGGAGACUCUAUGGCAGGGUGUUUUGAAGAAGAACUUGCAAGAAAACAAGAAGGCCAGGGGUGAGAAGUUUGCGGAUGCAGAGGAGUUGAACAAGGUCCUGGCCACCAAAAUACAACUUCCUACCAGCGCGUCUGCCCUCCAAUGGCAAGCCAUGCAAAAGGCAUCCCAGCAACAUCGCAGCUAUUCCACGAGCGCACGACGACUCUCUCCUUCACUGAAACAAGAACAGCCCGCAUCCAAUCCCCUGAAUGGGGUGGCAGAAGUCGCUGAGGAGCCAGUGGUCCUUGAUUUGGCCCAGGUCCAAAAGCAUAUUCAAGAUAUCCAGCUUAUAGGGACUCCGAUGAGUCAGGAAAUGCUGCAUAAUCUCAUCAAGGGGGCCAUGAUGACGCCGUCCCCGAACAACGCCGCCAAGGACCGGUUGUCCCUCGUUGAUCAGAUUCUCCUGACGGCCGAGGAGCGAGGUAUGGAGAUUUGGAAUGAUGAAAUGUUUGUCACCCUCAUCGAGGCUGGUCUUCUUUCGCCAUGCUAUGGCCCGGAGAUCCAACGGGCGCAGAAGAAUCUCGAGUAUCUGAUGAAGCAAAAGGGAUGCCAGUUUGACGGAGACCAGAUCCUUCGACUGAUGAACGCCUAUGCAUACCAAAAAGACUGGGACCGAUUCUGGGACGCGUUCCGUAUGCCGCCUAGGUUCAAAAUGGCUAGGGAAUCGCAACACUACGAACUAGCCUACAGAGCCAUGGCCCUGACAUCGAGCCAAAAGAUGUGCAUUGCCGCCUUGCGCUGGGUGUAUCCCGAGAUGAUGAGCCAAGAUCCUCCUAUACUGCUCGUCAGCCCCCUCUACGAGUCGCUCAAGGCGUGCCUCGUGGUUGCGGACCCAGGUGCGCUAACUUGGAUGCACAACCAGAGUAGCACCAAGAUCGACCACCUUCGGCCUGUCCAGCGCCGUAGGCUUGAGAACAGAGAGUUCCUCAAGGUGCUGCGGGAAGUGGAAUCAAUCCGAGCCGAGUUGAUGAGGGUUGGCCUUGCUCAAGAGUCUGAUGCGUUGCACCAAUGA